AUUGUAUUCAGUACUGUCAACAUCACGUCAUUGUCAGUUGUGUAUUUGCAAUCGUGAAAUUGUUAUUGUUUUUCUAUUGUGUUGUUUGCAAAAUCGAAUUUAAAAUGAAAAAUUUCCCCGUGUUCGUGUUUCCAGUUUCUUUGGAAUUCUAUUUGAGCGCACGUCACACUCAUAAACAAUUACUGACUGUUUAUAAUCCUUACGAUUUCUCUGUUAAUUUUAAAGUAUUAUGUACGUCUCCAAACAAGUUUACAGUGAUCGACCCCGAGGGUGUGAUUGCUCCUCAGAGUUGCAUCGAUAUCGUAGUGCGUUACACACAACCAUCUGUUACACACUGCGACACAGCCGAAAAGUUUAGGAUAACAAUGUAUGACAAAAAUACCCAGCAGGCUCUGGGUAAAAGAGAUAUAUUAACAAAGCUUAUAGAAGGAGAACCUUCAAAUACAAACCAGGAGAGUUUAGGAGAUAGUUUCCACCCACUGGUAGCAAGAGCAGCGCCUGUGAGACCUGUUGAUGACCAUUCCCGGGUCACACCUUGCCAACAUCCCACUCAUCACAGAGAUCAGCAACCUGUCAAUGUAGUGGCAGUAGCAGUCAGUAUAUGUUGUAUUGCAGCUCUGCUUCUCCCUACACAGCCUGAACAAGUAGUUAAAUCCCAAUGGCCUGACUGGCUGCACAUUGGUUCAAACCUCAAAUUGGUAUUCUCCUUUGUCCUUGGUCUAGUAUGUAUGCUGGUUUUAAGACCAUAAAUAUUAAUAUUUUGAUAAUAAUAUGGAAUUUUAUUGCUAUGUGAAACUUAAAAUUUUCUGUAAAUAGAAGGAAAAUAUACUUUUUGUUAGUUGCGUAAUUGAUUGAGUUGGAAAGCAUUUAUUUUUCUGACAAAAUGUAAAUAACAAGAACACUUGUAGCAAUAAAAAUCCAUGGUAUUCAAUAAAAUACCCAUUUAACAUUAUUUAUAAAUAAACCAUGACCAAUAUUGUGUUAAAAUUGUCAAGAAUUUUAUGUAUUUGUAACUACAAAUUGGAUAUACAACAAAACUUUAAGAUCUGCUUGAUUGAGGUACCUGAUAUAGAACUCUAACCUUUGGACUAAUCAUUUAAAUUGACAAGUCAUUCUGUAAUUGUGCGCUCAGUUGUGGAGCAAAAAGGUUGAACACAUCACUAUGGGAACUUUGUUGUUAUUCAAACAGUUAUACCUACUAGUUUUUACAAGGUAUGAAAAAAACGAGAGAAGUCACUUGUCAUGAAAUAGACGAUGUUUAUAAAAGACACAAUAGUCUGUUGGAUUAUUAUUGUAUACGCAGGCAUAUUAACAAUGGAAAGUUGAUAAAUAUUUCCAACGCACGAAUUUAAUUAUCAUUUGCCGAUAUCAUAUAUAAAUGACUAGUAUAUUUCAUUUAUAUUAAACUAGUAUUUUAUAUUGUGCACUUAUAUUAUGGAGUAAAAUUAAUACUCUUGUUUAAAUUUAUUUUGCGUCCAGUUUGUUUAUUUAAUGUUACAGAUAUGGUACAAAUUUAUAAUUCCGUGUUACCAUUAGCGAACUAUUCUCUUGAAUUAAUUUGGCGUCACAGCCGCCGUGGUAUUUUCUGGUGUGUUAAUCUCCACUGCCACUGGUUGUGUAAUUUUAUUCAAAUGUAAUUACUAAGUUAAUUUAAAAGAAUAGAGAGACCCUAAUAAAAAAUUGCGUGCUAUAAUUUUGAUUUGUAAUUUUAAUUAGGUGUAAUUCAUUCAGUCUUUUUUUGUUUAUGUGAUAGGUGCUUGGUGCAAAAAAAAAUGUGUGAUUAAAAUUUAAAAUAGGUGCUAAUAUUUUUAAUUGAAAUGAUUGGUAUAAGUUUUCAAUUUACUGCCAUACAUUGCUUUUAAAGCUGAGUCAAAUUGUUUACGUGGGUACAAAACUCUUGUAAAAGCCUUUCUCGUGUCUACUUAUGGUAUUUUUAAGUGAUUAAAUUAUAUGUAUUUUCUUUAUGUAAUGGUGUUGUUGCAUAGGCAUGCUAGUAUUGUUAUUGUGUAAAUAGUUCAUAACUAAUUGUAGUUGUAUAUACAGAGACCCUUGUGACAUACACAGUAUCUUGUAUUGUUUAAAAAUAAGCAUUUUCUUGUUAGUGUUGUACAUAAUUAUGACAAACCCUAACCAAUAUUGCUUAUGCGAAUGAUUGUACCUUCUUUUACUAAAUCCCCCUGUGAUUUGGGACCACCAGCAGUGAAAAUAUUCAUGCCAAAUAUACCUACAAAUCAAUCAUG